GCAUGCGUCAGUGGUCGAUUAUAUAAAGACAGCAAAGGCGCAGGCAGAAAGACAACAAGAAACAGAGAAACAGAAGUUGUACAAUCUAGAAUCGGCACAAAAGAGCUACUUGCUGAGGUAAAGAAGGUGGAGGAGAGAAUGGAACGGGCUGAAGAGGCUCUAUGCCAUGCAAAGGAACGGGGCGAUGCGGUUACUUCAACGGCAGAGAACGAGGUGGAGGAAUGCAAGAAGAUGCAAUUGAAAAGUUCGAUGGCAGUUGCGAAGAUGGAAAUCGAGGCUAAAAUGGCGAAGGAAAAAUACGAGGAGGCCAAGGCUACUGUUGACGAUUUUCAAGAUGGAAAGUGCCAUGUUUCGGAGAUAUACCGAGGGCUCAACUCGUAUGGACUCUUUGCUUCUAUUGGAAUACUGGCGGCUCGUGAUCUCCCUCCACGCCAUGCCCGACGCAAGCCCUGCGUAUCUAUGGCGCUUUACCCACUUGGUAGGACUUCUGAUAAGGAGAACGAUGAAGUAAACCAAGCAACAGAAGGUGCAAGAUCCAGCGUGGUUGCUCUCGAUAAGGAGAAUGAUACACGUCUUCCUCUGCCAUACGUUGAUUGCGGGAGAAAUAUCUUAGCAGGCGGUCUGCAUGGGAUUGUUUGUAAGGGCACAUUCCAUGGACUUGAUGGAACAACUAUCCCGGCCGUCGUCAAGUUGCCUUGUCUUACCAGGGAUGAAGAAGGACUGGCUCUUACGGCCGAAGACAUGGAACAUGAAUUACAGGUAUACAAAGCACUACGCCAUAUCCAAGGUUCUGUUAUUCCUCGCUUGUAUGGCUGUGGCUACGUCUACGACUGGUACAGUGGACGAUCGAUACCUGCCUUAGUCUUAGAGAACGCGGGCGAGAAUAAUCUAGCUUCGCUCGGCGUCUCGACAUUGACAGAGGAGGAGAAAAUCGCCAUCAAGGAUGUCCUGGAUGCCUUUGUGCGUUGUCUUCUUCCCAUUGAUGCCAAUAAUUAUGACCCAGUAUAGCACAACGAAGGUUGGAUCCAUGGUGAUGUCGCAGGGAGGAAUAUUCUAUACU